UAUACACUCACACAAAUUCAUUAAAGUGAUUAUAUCGCAUUCUUUAGAUUUGGUUUUUUUAUUUUUAACUUCAACAUAUUUUUUCACAAAGCUUGAUCAAAGUGGAAAUUAUUUUCAGCUUCAGCCCUUCAACGUAUGAUUGUAAAGGUUAUAUUAAAUUAUGAGAAGAUGAAUCUCAGUGUUCAAAUUCUCGAAUAACAACCAGAGAUAGUUUCUAUAUUUUAAUUGAUUUUUGCAUACCAUUUCUUUGACACACCUUAAAAAUACUUUGUUUUCUUUUAAUUUAGUUGUGAAAAAUGCUUAAUCAUUAUUUUUAUUUUUUUAGCAUUAAUUUUACUGCUAUUGUGUCUAAAUUUUUCUCAGAGUAAAUAUUUGAAGUCUCCGUUUUGAAUUAUAUUACAUAUUUUUCAGAGUAUACUGUAGAAAUGUCAAGAAAAAGAAAAAGAACUGUAAGAAAAGUUCAAAUGUAAUUAUUAUUAUUUUUCCAAGAAAUGUGAUGAACAUGAAACACAAUUAGUAAGAAGUAUGACGCAGAAGAAAAUUGAAUGCAGCAGGACACUGCAUUUAGUACAAGCAUAAUAUUUCAAAUGCUAAAUAAAAUUUAUUUAUAUUAAUAAGAUCUUUUAUAUCUUGAAGACCAACUUUUCUUGUAAUUUUAUAACUUGUUGAGGUUUAAAAAAUACCUGAUAAGAUGUUAUCACGUAAGAACAAAGAUUUACGAACAAUCAAAGAGGGUGUUGUUGGAAAGUAUGUCAAAAAAGAUACUCCACCUGAGAUGCCAAUUAUAAAUGUUUGGACUACUGAACCUAAUCGUAGAGGACGUAGACCAAAUCAACCAACAAUGCCAUCCUCAAUGUCUUUUGGUACACAACAGCCAAUAAUGGUACAAAAAUUUGGUAAUACAAAGUCUACAUUAAGUGCUGUUGGCUUAGGAAAUCAUGAGGGAAAAUACACUCCAAAUAGUUCAGUCUCUGAUAUGUCGCAAAGAUUGACCAGUUUGUCAAUACAUUCUACAUCAAGUGAUGGAGUACCUUCACGCACACCAACUCCAAUGUAUCUACCUAGUUUAUCUUCUGCAAUGUCUCAUACAUACGUUAAUCAAUAUGCAGGUUCAGAAUAUCAUUUAGAUAGAGAUCAGCAUACACCACAGUUGCCUUAUACAUAUGAAAUUGACAGUGGAUAUGAAGAGUAUAGUUCUCAAUACAGACAAAAUACAGGAUAUAGUCAUACCUCAUCUGAGCGAUCAAGUUCAAGAAAUGAGCAGUCAGAAGAGUUACCUUUACCUCUUGGCUGGUCAGUCUGUUUUACUCUGCGAGGGAGAAAGUAUUAUGUAGAUCAUAAUACAAGAACAACUCAUUGGUCUCAUCCUUUAGAAAAAGAAGGAUUACCUACUGGUUGGGAGCGGAUUGAUUCCCAAGAGUAUGGAAUUUAUUAUGUGAAUCAUAUCACAAGACAAGCUCAGUAUCAACAUCCAUGUUACCCAUCAGAAAUGCAGACCGUUAGAGUUGUUCCGCCACCACAACAUACUAACUUUCACUCUUACAGUGUAUUAGUACCAGCAAAUCCUUACAUAAAUGAAGAAAUUCCUCACUGGCUGUAUGUUUAUAGUCGCGCUUCAGUAGAUUUAGAUCGUAAGUUGAGAUGGGAAUUGUUCCGUCUACCAGAACUUGAAUGUUUCAAUGCAAUGUUGAUAAGACUGUUUACACAAGAAGUCAGAGAAAUUGUUAUGCGAUACGAAAAAUAUAGAAAUGCACUACGAUAUGAAAUAGAAAAGAGAGCAAAGGAAGCAAAUGAAGAAUCUAGCAGUAGUGUUAUUAUUAGAGAAAUAGGUUCAGAGAUGUUUUAAUCCAAAAAGCACUGAUUAACUAUUUUUUUACAUAAUCUUUUGAACAGGACAUAUUUUUCUAUCAAAUAUUAAUAAAUAUCUUUUAACCUAAUGAAGUUUCUAUUGUAAAAAAUUUAAAGUUUAUUUAAAAUAAAUUAUCUAU